GCCCUGGAAAUACAUCGACCUCCGUUAUAUCGCAACCAUGACCGACGUUCCGGCGAUAAUAAACAUCGCGAUUUCCUUGAAAAUCCAACCCAAUGACGGACCCGUGUUUUAUAAAGUGGACGGGACGAGGUUCGGCCAGAGCAGGACAAUCAAAUUGCUAACAGGAUCGAAAUACAAAAUCGAGGUGAUCGUGAAGCCGGGUAGCGCGGAGGCCACCACAAUGGGCAUCGGCGGAAAGAGCUUCCCUUUGGAGCAGCAGUCCAAAGAUGAGGAGCAGAUUGUCUACAAUGGCUCCUACGACACCGAGGGAGUGCCACACACCAAGAGCGGGGACAGACAACCUGUGCAGGUCUUCAUAGAGUUUAAAGAUGCCGGCAUGUUUGAAACCGUAUGGCAAGUGAAAUACUACAACUACUACAAGAGAGAGCACUGCCAGUUCGGCAACAGCUUCAACUGCAUCGAGUACGAAGCCAAGCCCAACGAGACCCGCAGCCUCAUGUGGAUAAACAAAGAGGUCUUCCUGUAA